AUGAAUCUCUCCGCCGACAAUUUGCUCCAUGACGAGCUCCCGGCCAGCGAGAUCCAGACGCAGUCCAGCCUGCUGGUUGAGCGGUGGGCGGCACUCAGCCCCGUCGAACUGCGCGAGAACGACUAUGUCGAGCUCGUCCGCCACAUGGAGCUCUAUCGGGACCUGUACGGCUUUGUGACCCACCACCGUUCUCAGGCCGAUUCCCACACCAAAGACGCACUCGCCGAGAUCGAGUCCAAGCUCUUUCCCUUCAUCACUCUGUCUCGCACCUGGACCUCGACCGAGAAGCUCUUCGGCUCCUUCAAGCGCAACACCCGGGGCAUCGUCCUCACCACCGGAGCUGGGCACUUUGAGUUUGCCUAUCUGGCAAUCAGAUCGCUCCGCCGGUCCGUCAACACAACGCUCCCGAUCGAGGUCUUCUACACCGACUCGGGCACCGAGAAGGACGCCGUCUACCGUGCGAUGCUGGGCGAGUUUGAGGACCUCCAGAUCAUGAACCUCGACGACUACUUUGACCUCGACAAGGCCCAGAUCAGCGGCUUUGCCUUCAAGCCCUUCACGCUCCUCGCCACAUCCUUCAGCGAGGCCAUUUUGAUCGACGCCGACAUCUUGUUCUUCCAGGACCCGGCCCGGGCCUUUGACAUUGCCGACUACAAGGCCACCGGAACAUACUACUUCCGCGAUCGUACCAUCUUCAACCCAAACAACCCCACCGACCGCAAGCUCAAGGAGUUGUUCCCGAACCCAUCCCAGUACCUCAAGACCAACAGCCGCAUCUUGAACCGGCUCAGUGACCACGAAGUCGACUCGGGCAUUGUGAUCUUCAACAAGGGCCGUGCCUUUCACGAGCUGCUUCUCAUCUGCCUGCUCAACACCCGCAAGUACCGCGGUCCGCUCUGGGGGACAUUCUGGGGCGACAAGGAGCUCUUUUGGCUGGCCUUUGAGAUGCUGGGAACUCCGUAUCGCUUUGAAAAGUACGGAGGUGGCGUCGCUGGUUACGUCCGCGACGACGGUGCUAUCUGCGGCAACCUGUUUCAUCUGGAUGAUCGCAACCAACCCCUCUGGAUGAACGGAGGACCCGUCAACGACCGCCACGAUCCCGUCGGCAAGACCCGCACCCUCAAGAUCACCCACUGGGCGGCCGAUCUGGUCUCGAGCGAAACCAAGUUCCACUGGUCCGGCAGCGGCGAGCCCUUCUGUCUGUUUCAGAAGAAUGCCCGCAGCAUGCGGCUCUCGGGCGAGUUCCGGCGAGCCACCGAGAUCAACCUGCAUCUGUGGAAGCGGCAGCAAGACGACAAGCUGUUUGCCUAG